AGAAACGGUAGACCUAAACAUGGCGCCUUUGCUGGAUCACAAAAUUGGCGACGCUAUGUUAUCUUCUUUACCUUGGCGAUCAAAAUCGAAUCUCUUGACAUGUUCACUCCUUUUGCUUAUUUACCUGACGUCGCAUCCAGCCUUGGCCAAACCGAGCAGUCUCAAAGAGAUCACUGACGGAAACUGGGAAGACAUCUUGGCAGGGGAAUGGAUGAUUGAAUUUUUUGCUCCGUGGUGUCCGGCGUGCCAACAGCUCCAGCCCGUGUGGAAUGAGUUUGCCGACUGGGGUGAGGACAUGGGCGUCAACAUAGCGAAGGUGGACGUUACUGAACAGCCUGGUUUGAGCGGGCGAUUCAUCAUCACUUCACUUCCGACCGUCUACCACUGUAAGGAUGGUUUGUUCAGGAGGUACCAGGGGGCUCGCACCAAAGAUGACUUGCUAAGCUUUAUUGAUGAGAAGAAGUGGCAGGGCAUUGAGCCUGUGUCUUCCUGGUUUGGACCAUCUUCCUUCAUGAUGAACACAAUGUCCGCUCUCUUCAAGCUGUCAAUGUUCAUUAGGCAUUGCCAUAACUACCUGAUAGAGCAUUUGGGGAUUCCAGUGUGGGGCUCAUAUGUCAUCUUUGGACUGGCCACUCUCUUCUCUGGCCUCGUCUUGGGACUGAUACUGGUGUUCAUUGCAGAUUUUGUCUUCCCAUCACGACGAUUUAACUCCCCAAACUACUACCAGAAGAAACAGACGAUGGAACAAGCCAGGCUGAUUCAGCAGCUGGAGGAGGAGCAGGAGGCAGACGGAGAAGAGGAUGAUGAGGACGAUGAAGAUGGAGUACAGGAAGAUGUCUGGAGGAGGAGGAGAGCAUCUCCCGAGGGGCGUCCAGAGGAGGUGCUGCGAAAGAGGGUGGUGGGCAACCGUGAGGACCAGGAUGAGGACUCCUAGAGGCCCAGAGGGGAAUUGAAGAUGCCCCUUCAAACAGCGAGGAAGGGGAGGGGGCCUGGUUUGGGGCCUAAGCUCGUUUUUAUAAAGUGCCUCAGAAUAGGAGUACUGAUCUAGGAUUUUUCGAUCAUGAUAACUAAGAUGACAUGGACAGGUGGAACUGAUCCUAGAUCAGCACUCCUACUCUGAGGUGCUCUAUGAAUACGGGACCUGGUCCUGAGCAGCAGUAGAGUUUACAGCAGACGGCUUACAGAGCCCUAGCAACGCGCUGGCAAGGCCUCAGCGACGCCUUGCUUCUUCUCCCUUCAGCUUCACCGGGAGUGCCCCGUAUUCUGACCGCUCUGCUCUCACCACCAGCACCCUCCCCUGGAUUGGAGGUGCUACUGCACACUCCCAACACCAUUAUCAUGUUCUUUAGGCAUCCAAUGAAGGAAACAGGAAGGGUUUAUCCAGGUUCAAUAUGAAAUGCUCCUUUUUCAUUUUCCGUUGGUAAACACAUUUUUUUUAUUGUCCCUAAUGAACACAAAGCUGUUCAUCCUAGUUCUUUUGAAACUGAUCGAUUGGGUGGUUGAGGUUUCAAGGAAAAUUCCACCCCAAAAUAUUUAGUUUUUUGUUUUAUUAGUCCAUUGUUGACAUAGUCCCAAAAGAUAUGUAACUUUCAAAAUACAGAAAUCAUCCCCGUGUGAUGCAUUUAGCCUCAUAUGAUACAAACUGCGUCAUGCGGGGAUGAUUUCUGUAUUUUGAAAGUUGCAUAUCUUGAAAACUUGAGUGCUGACAAGCAAAACAAUUAGUGACUAUGUCAGCAAUGGACUAAUGAAACAAAUACCAAAGGAUUGUGUUUGGGUUGAGUUUACCUGAAGGUAUGGAGUGCACUGGAACAGGAUCAUUUUACCGCUUUGUGUGUUAUGCAUGUUUUUUUAUUGUAUUCUACAUUAAUCCCUGUUUUAACAAAUUAUAUACAGCUUUUGAGCAUUAUUUCAUUGUACACUGUGUGUCCAAAACAUUAGGAACACCUUCCUAAUAUAGCGUUUCACCCCCUUUUGACCUCAAAACAGCCUCAAUUCGUUGAGGCAUGGACUCUUCAAGGCGUCGAAAGCGUUCCACAGGGAUGCUGGCCCAUGUUGACUCCAAUGCU